CCGACCUUUUUUUUUUAGUUCGCCCUUUUUUUAUUACUAUUCUUUUUACGGUUCUCUGACGCAAAAAGUAAGCAACAGCCCUCACUUCCCGGUCCAUUCUUCGUUAGCCGAUGUCCUCUCUUGUUGAAACAUCGAACAAGGAGGAAUUACCUCCUGUACCUGGUGUUCAAAACAUUCCUGGUAUAAAUGUAGCAAAAGAAAGAUUGAUUGACACAACCAACACAGAGAAGGACCCUGCUGACUUUUUUUCCCUGCUUUCUAUACACUGUGUAUCUCUUUUUCUUUCUGUAUUCAACCUAAACUGUUGCAACACAACCUUUUUUCUUACCACGGGGACGCACAAAAAAAAAGGCCACGAUUCGAACACUCAAUCGCUCUCCCAGAGGAUAUGGAACGGUUUCGGUCUAAUGACCUAUAUGCAUCGCAAAGUGGAAUCAACAUCCAACCCGAAUUCGACAUCCAACAAUAGCAGCAGCAGUAGCAGCAGCAACAGCAAAACCGACACUGUUUCUAUUCGUCAUCAGAAGGAUACCAUUACGCAAAAUCGAGAAGACUUACAAGAAGAGCUCAUCUCCAUGCUGACUGCGAGUGAAGAAGCUCUCGAAGAUAAAGAUACCAUAACCAAGAUUGAUAAUUUAAUUGCGCUUAUGAAGGCACAUAAACUGUCAGACGACCAGAUCCCUCCACCACCACCUCCAACGUCCUCCAACGCCAACAAUGCCGUCACCAAUGCAGCAACAGCGAUAGCAGCGGCGUCAUCAUCAUCUUGCUCCUCGUCCUCGUCCUCAUCCUCUUCCUCCUCGUUCGAUUUUAACUUUGAUAACAAGUCGGGAUAUGCAGUUGAUGGACCAUUGCAGAUACCCCUCGACAGUAGUGCAGCAAUUGGAGCUAAACCAUCAACAGGGGCAGGAACAACAUCAACAAGCGACAAUAGCAGCAAACCAUCCGUUAUUCCCAUGACUGAUUUCCAUUUUUCUUUUACCACCUCUUUGUCAUCCACCACAUCUCCUUCUUCUUCGUCUUCUUCAUCCACUCGCACCAGAACAUAUUCUCGUCGUCACAGUAGUAGGAAUGGAUUACGACGCAGCUCUGGCAACCAAGCACUCUAUACACAACAGCAAGAGCCGCAUCCGUUGUCCCAGGCAACAACGUAUCCCGACGCAACAUCAUCAUCUUCAUUGAGGCGUGGCGGCGACGUCGAUGACGAUGACGACGAUUAUGAAAGCGAUAUUGAUGUAAUCGAGGCACAAAUCCUGCGCGCAGCCAGCCCGUCCAAGCAAAUGCAUUUGUUAAAUCGGAAGAUUUUGCCUCUUCCAAAGCCACGAUGGAUACGGAAAGCUGGUAUGCAGCAACAGCAACCGCAGCAACAGGAAAAGGCGCCGUCGUCGUCCGAAGCAGUAACAGCACAAACAUCACAAACAUCACCGCCAACGUCUCUAGCAACAGUGGCUGCUGAUACCAGUACUGCGGCUACUGGUGCAUCCACGAAAUAUACAGAGACACCUAUUCCGUCAUCGCCCUCCUCAUCAUCAGCAGCAGCAACCGUGACGCCGUACAUGUGGCCAUUUUCACCUCCUAUCCUUGAAUCCUCAUCACGGAAUUAUGCAUCUACUGCGUUUUCGCUCGGUGGACUCGGAGGAACAGGAGAUUGUGACUCGGCUUUUGUCUCGACGAAUUUGAAAGAGAUAUUGUUGGAACAUGAGAUACACAACGUUGGAGAUCCAGUGGAUGCAAGCUAUAGGGAAAAUACGAAAAAGAUCAAACGAUGUGGUAAUAGGUUUACACUGACGAACGAUUCAGAGGAACGUAUCAAAGGGGGAUUAAGGCGGAAGGAUCGUCGAUGGAAAAGCAAUGCUGUCGAAGACCGCAAGGGCAAAUCAGAACCGCCUCCCCCGCCACCGGCUCAUCCAGCACCACCAUCAUCAUCAUCAUCACCAUCUGGGCCGCAAUUUCCUGCAAGCUCCUUUGAUUUCACAAUGGGUGCACAGACAAGAGAAAAUCUCAAGCAAUUGCCGAAACUAGAGGAUUUACCACGAUCCUCUGUCGGGCCAUCACUGGGAUUAUCCAACGUCUUGCAUCGUACGCUAUCACAAAAGGUAGACAGGAUGGAAGCGUUGGUCAAUCGUGCGAGUCUCGCCAAAUCAUCACCUCAACAACAACCUCCUUCUCAUCUUAACAACAACAAACAUGCCGCCACACCCAUCACUUCAACCCGACCAUCACCGCCACCACCUCCGCCACCAUUACCAGCACCGCUGUCGAAUGCUGACAAGAAAAAAACGUCGAUCAAGGAGAGCAACCGUCAGCGGACAAAAAAUGACAAGGUUUCCAACAAAUCCAAAUCCACAGCAUCAUCCAAGCGAGGGAAAAAAUCGCAGAAAAAGAAGAAGGCGUCCACAACCACUGCAAGAACAACCACAUCAGCAGCAGCAGCAGCAGCAGCGGAAAAUGAGCAGGGCUCAGGAACAAACAGUAACAACAACAGCAGGAUAUAUAACAAAAAUACAUCAGACGCUGCGAUCGUUCGUAGCACAGACCCGGAUGAAUGGAUUUGUGUGUUUUGUCAAUACGAGAUCUUCAGUCAUGGAUUGGAAACGGCACGACGUAAAGGUGGCUAUUAUCGACGGAAAAGAGAACGGCAACGCAGGCUGAGAGAGAUGGAAGCACGACGUGCAGGCGAAUGCAUCUCGGGACCGCCAAGUGAUGUGGAUGAAGGGGGCAUCAUGGAUGAUCCACUACAACAGCAUAUCGUACCGCCACCUGUAACCACAUCAGCCACUGCCAGUAGUAGUAAUAGUAGUAGUAAUAAUGGGAGUGGGCUGACAAGUGCUGCUACCUCUAACAGUGGCCCGCCUCUGGGACUUGUGGACCAUAGGCGCAGAGGACGAGAAGACCAUCGGGCAGCAUAGCAGCAGUACUUUGUUAUUGUACGCACACUAUUACCACUACCACUACCAUAUAUCUCAUACGUAUACUCUCUCUCUCUCUCUCUCUCUCUCCCAAUCCAGCAUAUUCGCUUAUUCUAUAUUG